GCUGUGGGGCGUCUCUGAGCAGGACGACCGGUCUCUACAUGGACAUGAGCCGGAGCUAUUCAUGGUAUGUUGCUGCCGCUGCUGGAUCGCUGCUAACGUUACAUGACGUGUCUAUAUUGGGAAGGGGGCGUGGCUGCGGGGAUGACGUGCUGUGUUUAUGUGAAAGCUCGCAGCAAACUCUCAGUCACCGACAGAGCUUCAGACCCUGGAUAGAAAACGUGUACCUUAGUGUCACCACCCGCUUGGGUGCCAUGGUCGUCUGCCACAGAUGAGCUCUACUAUGUGGUACAUCAUGCAAAGCAUUCAAAGUAAAUACUCUUUGUCCGAGAGGCUCAUACGCACCAUCUCAGCUAUCCGCUCAUUCCCGCAUGACAACGUGGAGGAUCUCAUUCGUAAGGGAGCUGAUGUGAACCGGAUGCAUGGCACACUGAAGCCCUUGCACUGUGCGUGUAUGGUCGCUGAAGCUGACUGUGUGGAGCUGCUGUUGGAGAAGGGGGCAGAGGUGAAUGCUUUGGAUGGAUACAACCGCACUGCACUGCACUAUGCUGCAGAGAAGGAUGAGAGCUGUGUGGAGCUGCUGUUGGAGUAUGGGGCCCAGCCGAAUGCCCUGGACGGCAACAAAGACACUCCACUUCACUGGGCCGCCUUCAAAGAUAACCCAGAGUGUGUGAGGGCCCUGCUUGAGAGCGGGGCCUGUCCCAAUGCGCGGGACUACAACAAUGACACUCCUCUGAGCUGGGCAGCAAUGAAAGGCAACCUGGAAAGUGUCAAAGUGCUUCUAGACUAUGGAGCCUUGGUCCAUGUGACCAACCUGAAGGGCCAGACUCCUAUCUCCCGACUGGUGGCCCUGAUGGCCCGGGGCCUGGGCACUGAACAGGAGGAGGAGUGCCUUGAGCUGCUGUGCCGGGCAGCAGGGCGGUUUGAGAUCCGAAAGGCGGACGGCACCCUUCCCAGGGAGCUGAGCAAAGAUCCCCAGCUGCUGGCGAGACUGACCGACAUGGUGGCUCAUGCUCCCACUCUGCGCUCUCUGGCACGCUGUGCCGUCCGCCAGAGUCUGGGAGUGCAGUUCUUCCCUGAUGCUGUAAAAGAGCUUCCCUUACCAGAGACUAUCAAAGACUAUCUUCUGCUGAGAGAAUGAGGGGAAGAAACCACUGGAUGAUCAUCAGGCACCUCAUCACACAUUUACUGGCUAGAAAGGCUUCCCAUUGGUUAUAGGCAAGUGGCUGACACUGGCCCUCAUUUAUUCAACUUUUUUCAAAUCCGUACAGAUUUAUGCACCCGGAGAAAUGAACAUUACAUUAUGUAGUGCACAACAUCUCCGUGAGCUGUUUAUUUUUUAUUUGAGCAGGUUCAGCUCUAGGAGCAGAACUCCCCCUCUGCAUUAUCUUUAUGUUGUUAUACUCCUGGCUUGCUUAAAGAAAUCAUUGGUCCAACAAAAAUUUAUUUCACAUUUUUUUUCCAGAAUGAAAAUCAAACUCAAUUAUAGGCAAAUUUCUACGAUGAUGGACCUCAUCAUUUGACAACAUAAAGUGUGUCCCAUCCCCCAGGAUUUUUCAAUGAGUUCCAACAGAGCCAUUGAGCUUCGCAAUGCCAAAAUUUACUAAAUUUAUUAAAUAAAUAAAAUAUUUUUUUUAACUUAAAUUUGAGGAAAAAAAUAAGUUCGCCGUUAUUGCUUGUCACGGAGGAUGAUGAAACAAAGUUAAAUAUUGUUGGUAAAACGGGGAUGUUAAAAAUGUUGAGUUGUUCAUGUGAGAGUGGCCAUCUUUGUCUCAGUGAACUCACGGUGCAGAAAAUGUUUCAAAUAAACAAACAAAAAAAAUAUUUUUUUUAUUAUAUCUGAUAGGUGUAUUAUCAUUUGAAUGUGCCAGGCAGGCGUAUCUUACCUCUAAUUACCUCAACCCUAAUUUUCUGAAAAAGUUCAUCACUGAUAAGAAGUCGACGUCAACAUGCCUGCUGUCAUUAGUAUUUAUUUGGGCUCUGUUUUAUUAAAGGGGUUGCAGUUGCCAUAAUAAAUAUACGUUUUUUUAAAUAUAUUUACAUAUUUACGUUUCCAGUCAUAACAUGCAGUUGUUUUUUUUUUCAAUGGGUGCUCACAGUUCCCACUUUUUGCAUCUAAUGUUUAAAUUUUGAUUUAAAUAAAAUGUUUAAAUGUCAACGAUAAAAUGGUAUGAUUACUAAUCAAAUAUUCUAUAAAAAAGCCUGCAAAAUGUAUUAAGUUUGUUAAUGUAUCUGCCUCAACUCUGACCGCUUCUGUGCUUGAUUUUGUUUUGCUUGUUCUGCAGAUGUAUAACAACGAACCUCUGAGAUCAGGUCUUGUAUGCACCUGCUUAAGUGCUCUUCUUUUUAUCUGUCAACGUAAUGAAAGUAAAUGCCUUUAUAUUCCA